ACUUAAUUAGUAUAGCUAAAAACACUCAUGAGCAAAACACAGAAUAAAAUGAAUGAUAGAGAAAUAAUUUAAACUUCAGAGGAUGAGCCAACUGGCUGUGUAAUCUGUGCAAAGAUUAACAGAGACCUGAGUUCUUGUAAUACCAAUUGGUAAACACAACCAAACACAUACACAUCAGUCUACUCCUUACUAAACCCUGAAAGAGACAAGUUUCUUAAUUUUCUUCAUUUCUUUUCUUCCAAUUCAAACCAAAGUUUAAGUUUGCAACUCAUUAGUCUUUCUUUCUUUCAUCUUUCCUCAAUCCUUUCUUCAUAGCAAUGAAAAACAGAAAGCUUUUUCCGACUCUUGCAGAAACAAACCAAACUGUAGACUGCCAUGACUUCUGUGAUCCCGCCUGCCCUUACAACUGCUACCCUUACCCUGACUAUUAUUUUCUACCUCCACCGCCACCGCCGCCACCUCCUUCUCUCUCAGAUCAAAACCAUUACAUCUCACCUUACGUGAUCAUCUUAGUUUCUGUACUCGCCAGUUUCUUCCUUCUUAUUGGCUACUAUGUCAUUAUAAUCAAAUCAUGCUUUGGUUUGUGCUGGUCAAGGAACAACAGGCAACAACAAGCUCAAACUGAUGGUUCAGAUGACGAGUUUCUUGAUGAGAAUCGAGUUGAUCAUCCUAUUUGGUUCAUCACGACUGUUGGUUUGCAACAAUCGAUCAUAAAUUCGAUCACCGUUUGUAAGUACAAGAAGGGUGAGGGUUUGAUUGAAGGGACAGAAUGUUCAGUAUGCUUGAAUGAGUUUCGAGAGGAGGAGACAGUCAGGUUGUUGCCUAAAUGCAACCAUGCUUUUCAUAUUUCCUGUAUUGAUACUUGGCUAAGGGCUCACACUAAUUGUCCCUUGUGUCGAGCACAUAUUGUCUUUGAUGCUGUUCGUGCCCCACCAACUUCUGCUGAUCAAAAUUCUAAUAAUAUGGAGCUCGUCGCCGAUAACCGGAUAGAAAAUUCUGAGAUUGGAGGUGAACUAAGCAGUCAGAAUCAGGGGAGGAACAGCGAGCUUUGUGAAAACGGGGCCAGAGCAGACGCUUCAAGUGAAUUGCCUGAGGCUAAUGACCAAAGAAUUUUAAAGGAGGGUGCCUAUUAUGAUGAAAAUGGCACUUUGGAAGUCAGUGAUUGCAUUGACAGUAGCCAGGCUGUGGCUAAAGAGAUACAACAAAUAAAAAGGUGCGUUUCGAUGGAUUCUUCUUCAGCUGCAAGUUUGUUUCUCGGUUUGGCAAAUUUAUGUCCUCUUAAAUCAGAAGGAAGUUCUUUUGAUCAUCAAGAGGAUGUUGAGAAGCCACAUUCAAGCAUCAUUCCAAAUCAAGAUGAGGGUGACUCAAGCGAGUUUAGGCCGAUGGGUAAUUCUUCCAUAGCUCAGCAUCUUCAUUUAAGUCCUGUUCCCAUGAAAAGAUCAUUCUCCUGUGGCGGAAGGUUUUUCUCAUCCAAACGUAGCCGCAGCAUGAAUUCAAUACUUCCGCUGUAAAGGUUUUUUACUCUUUUAGAUAUAGUCUUGGCUUUAUGAGUGGGAUAUUUGUUAAAAAGAGAAACUGUAUGCAGUAUGCACCCUCUUUAAAUUUGGGGUUGUUUUUUCCUGCUUCUCCACCAACGCAUGAAACUCAAGCCUUAUGAUGCUGAGCUACCACCAGAGGAAUUUUAAAGAGACUUCUCUUUUCAGAAGAAUAAACUUCAUGUAUUUGCCUUGGUUUCGAGUGCUGAAGUAGAACUUCAUUGAAGCUUCAACUUGAACAUAACUGAUAACUAUAUGCGAGAACUCAUUAUGUCACUGCUGUUAUUCAGUAAUGAGAAAAGAGAAAAUAUUUGCACAAGAAAUGUUUCUGCAGAGAUAAAGCAAUUGCUUUCAAGUUUCAGCGUUGAUUUUCACCUUUUUUUUUUUUCACUAAUUUGAAUGAACUUUCAUCCAUUGAUGAUUAUGAUA